AAACGGCGCAGUGCUAGAGAUACACACUUGACCAUGGCUCUGCAUCGUGCAUGGCUCGCUCUGCUGUUUCUAACGGUCCUCGCAGUGGCCACACCAACGUGGGGGCUCAAAGCGCAACAUCGGCAACUGAGCGCCGAUGACCAGCAAAUCUACCAGCGACUACUGAAAGAGCAGUCAGUCAUGGCGGACGACGAAGCGGCCUGCAACGCCAGCGCCAGCAGCAGCGUGUUGUCCACGUACCUGUCAGCACUACCGUCAGUCGCGGGGCUUCGGGGCUGCAUUGCCACCAAUAUCGCGCAGCUGUACCCGUCCAUCGCGGCGUCCGGGUCGCAGUGUAACCUCACGACGCUGAACUCGCUAGUAAACGGGAAUUCAGCCGACUCGGUUGCAUUCAACGAGGUGUUAAACCUGCUGUUUGCUGGCGUUGUGAGCUCCAGCAGCUCUGGGUCUGGAUCAGUGGACCUGGCGAGCUCUUUGUCCGCUUGGAGCGACGACAGCAGCACGUUGCAGGGAUUCUGCAACGUCAUGAACAGCCAGGCGGGGCCGUGCAUUGAUACGCUACUACCAGAGCUGAUCUCGCUGCUCGAUAGCGAUGCAACGUGUUGCAAUGAGCUCAACGGAUACCUCGAAGUAGCGAAGCUCAUCGUCCCGACGGGUCAGACACUGGAUCAGACACUCUCAAGUCUCAUUAACGGGCUGCAUCAAACUAUGUGCACUACCACAAGUGCAGACGACCAGCUCUGCUCUGUGCCACUAAGCUCCUACUUGUCUGGAGUCGUGACUAGCGACGAGUCUUCGCUGCUUGGAGCUAUCAUAUUCAAGGCAGGAGUGCCGCUGUACGCAGCGUCCGAGAGCGACGUGUGCUCGUCGCUAGAGACGAGCGAUCUGGCUAGUGGACUGGGAAGCGGGGAUAUUUCCUACUACGCUGCGUCAUGCUGCGCUUCGGGACUAGCAACGUUCUUACAGAGUGUCGAUGCUGUUGCAACGCACUUGUUUGGCAAUUCAAUGGCCGAGUUGUUCACCCUUAUCACGGGGCGACAGAAUGCUGCGUCGCAGUUUGCAGCGCUGUAUUCUACAAUUUCAGGCUGCAGCUUCGAGUCCACUUGCACUGCUCCGUCCUUCUCUAUUACCUCAAGCUCUGGUGCUGGGUCCUCAUCAAGUAUUACUGCCGUAGACAGCAAAACUCGGUCCCCGGAGAACGUCACGUGCACACUAGUGAACUUCUGCGAUAGCGACGACGUGUGUAGUGAAGUUUGUGAGGCUGGAACUGCUCUCAUCGAGCCGUGGGUGGCACGAGCCAUCACGUACCAGCGCAAUCUAUCGUACGCACAGACUCUGUGCUACGCCGAGAUCCCAGCAACACACAACAGUGUCAUCACACAGGCUCACGGCUACGGCAACCGUGACCAGCUCUUCAAUUCAAAGCUUAAUGCCUCGAAAUCUGAGUCGUAUAUGCGAACCAGCAACCAGUUCCUCAGUUUAACCGACCAACUGGACCUGGGCAUACGCUUCCUGGAGCUGGACGUGCACUACUUUGCGUCGUCACUGCGUAGCGCUCAUUGCUCCGACUCAGGGAUCGCGUUCGUCAACGACGCAGCGUCUGCGUUGGUGUCUUCGCUGGAGUCUGUACUGGACGCUAGUAGCGAAGACAACACGGUACAGUGGGGAUCAGAGCUUGUUGGCUGUCUGCCGUCCCUCAGCGGAAUCCGCGCAGACGAACAGCGUCUACACAAUGAGUCAUUAGGCGAGAUCUCCACGUGGUUGUCAAGCCACCCGGACGAGCUGGUAGUGAUCUACACUGAGAUUGGCGACGAGGUGGGCACGUACUCACAGACAGAGACGCUGCUUGAGCUCUACACGACCACGUUCGGCGACCUGCUCUUCUCGCCGUCAAACUUUGACGAUGCCGGCGGUGACUGGAACGGCUUCACGUUAGAAGAGCUUAUCGCUCAAGGCAAACAAGUCAUCCUGGUGACGACACCUGAAGCGAACGACCAAAUGUUCUACAUGCGUGAGUUGUGUGCUGGUUGGGCGGACGUGCCGAGCAGCACGACGGGCGCGUCCGGUACGUUUUUCGGCGAGACGAUGAACGUCGGCAAGCUGGUUCGUGCCUUCAAGAGUGUGCUGCACUAUGCCACCCUCACGGAAGAUUCGUUGAGUGGCGGUAGUGCUGAAGUGGACACGGCCAGCGCGCCUGGUCACGUGAAUGCGUCGACCCUCCCGGUCUUCGUGGAUGCUGGAGUGAAUAUCCUAGCACCCGACGGACUGGACGGUGCGAUAAUGACGGCCAUGGUCUGGUCUUGGGCGGAGAAUGAGCCCGACGUGAACACAGCUACAGCUGUGCAGCUCUCGGCUGCCGACGGCCGGUGGUACGGCGUGGCGGACUCAUCCAGUAUCAGUCACGUGGCCUGUGUGAGCAGCAGCAACCGCACGACGUGGCAGGUGGUGACGCAGGGCUCCAGUUGUCCGGACGGCUAUGCUACGGGUGCCCCUCACUUGGCAGUGGAGAACUCGGCGCUACUGGCGGUGCUGCAGACGGAGGCCAACGACGCGACGGCGCGGCUGGACGUGAAUCUCACCAACUUCCCGGCCAUUUCGGCUGAGGACCAGGCUGCGUACGACGCCGGCGAUACCAGUAGCAGUCAGUCACGUAUCGGUGCGGACGGAACGGCCGGAGGCGGCAGCACAGUCAGUGGAGCGGCAACGACGACGCGGUCCUUGGUGGGGAUAGUUGUGGUUGUGAUGACGCUAGUGAUGAACUAGGAAGAAGGUGUGUGCAUUGAACGGUAAUACAUGACAUUAGUGGCUGCAUAGAGCGCGGUAACGAGCGUGAUGGUGAUUGAAGUUGCCUCGCAAAAAAAUGGCAGUGUCUUUUUGCUGUUCGCACUGUUUACGAGACGCCAACAUUUGUUUAUUCCAUCAACGUGAUCCAAUUCACGCGAUCCUGCUGCAACCGACUGAUUGGCGCUGGAUUUUUUUUUUUUAGCGAUACGAACAGC